CGUCAAUUGAAGAGGAGUUUGAGGAUCAUGGCGGAGCGCAGGAGGCAUAAAAAACGGAUCCAGGAGGUCAGCGAACCCACCAAGGAGGAGAAGGCGGUGGCCAAGUAUUUACGUUUCAACUGUCCUACCAAAUCCACUAACAUGAUGGGCCACCGCGUGGAUUACUUCAUUGCAUCCAAAGCAGUAGACUGUCUGCUUGAUUCCAAGUGGGCCAAAUCUAAGAAGGGGGAAGAGGCCUUGUUUACCACCAGGGAGUCUGUGGUGGACUACUGCAACAGACUUCUAAAGAAGCAGUUUUUCCACCGAGCCCUGAAAGUGAUGAAAAAGAAGCCAGAGAAGGAUUUAAAGAAAGAAAAGGAAAAAGAAAAAGAGAAAGAAAAAGAAAAGGCUAAAAUUGAGAGUGGCAAAGAGGAGGAGAAAAAGGGGAAGAAAGAGAAAGAGAAGAAGAAGGACACAGAGGCCGCAGAUGCCAAGAAGGAAAAAAGCGAGGAUAGUCCUGGAUCACCAAAGAAGAAAAAAGAUGUGAAGAAGAAAUUCAAAUUAGAGCCUCACGAGGACCAAGUUUUUCUGGAUGGAAAUGAGGUGUAUGUGUGGAUUUACGACCCUGUACAUUUUAAAACGUUUGCUAUGGGGCUGAUACUGGUUAUUGCUGUGAUAGCAGCCACCCUGUUUCCUCUCUGGCCUGCUGAAAUGCGUGUGGGCGUGUACUACCUUAGCGUGGCAGCUGGCUGCUUUGUGGCCAGCAUCCUUCUCCUAGCUGUCGCUCGGUGUAUUCUGUUCCUCAUCAUCUGGCUGGUAACAGGAGGGCGUCACCACUUCUGGUUCCUGCCUAACCUUACUGCUGAUGUGGGCUUCAUCGACUCCUUCAGACCUCUCUACACACACGAGUACAAGGGUCCCCGCAGUAGCUCCAAGAAGACCAGUGCCGAGAAGUCGGACGGCAAAACUACGGCGUCCACCAAGGCCCAAAAAUCCGACAGCGAGGAUAAGUCGGACAACGAGAAGAAAGAGGGAGACGCAGAGGAAGACGACGAGGAAGACGAAGAGAAUAAGGACGUCGAAACCGCGGAAGGCGAAGCGAGCGAGGGCGCGAUAGGGGAACGGCAUUCAGACACGGACAGCGACAGGCGGGAAGACGACGGAUCACAGCACAGCAACGGCAACGAUUUUGAGAUGAUCACCAGGGAAGAGCUGGAGCAACAUACAGAGGAGGAACAGGAGGAGGGAGAGGAGCAAGAACAGGAAAAUGGGGAGGAGGAGGAGGAGGAGGAGAGUGAGACAAAGCCUUUGACCGUGAAAACAUAAACACAUGUCACCUCCUGUGACUAAACCUCCAUGCUCCAUGUGGACCUGCUACAGUACUUCUGUGAUGUUCAGGAGAGGCUCCCAUUUCCGUUUUGGCUGGCGUUCACCUCAAAGAAUAUGGACAGGGUAUAUGGUUAAAACUGAGGGAAGAAAGGCUAUGACAAUUAUAAUGUUUAAAAAGAAAAGAAAAAAGGCCUUUUUUUAUUCCAGGUAUCCCUUUCAUUUAAAGGAUUCAAACAAACAGGUGUUUGGAUUCUGUAGGACUCCCUCCCCCCCCCUGAAUCUGCCUCCCCUAAUCACAUAGUUUACAUGUUGUUUUUGUGUUAUUCCAUAUCCCAUUUCCUUAGAGAAAAAUCAUCUGGAUUUUUUUUUUCACACUAACAAGAGGGAAUGAUGGGGAUGAUAGUGAAUAUUCAUGGUGCAAACCCUCUGUGGCCAACGUCUCAUUUCUCAUUACGACAUGCCACUUGAACGCUUUCUAUGGUUUCAUUAAGCCUAGCGCAGCCUGUGCUGCUAUGGUAAUUACCUUCAGACAUGAAAACUCCCUUUAAAUAUAUCUGAAUAUAUCUUUUUUGGUUGGACCAAAAUUAGGCUCUAUUUCUAUUUACCAACAGAUAAUUCUGUCUCAGAAAGGAGUGUUUUUCUCUGGUUUGAUUACAUCUGUGAGCUUUUUAGAGAACUUCUGUUGAAUUUUGUGAGUGGACACAUCUUUUUGUUCACUCUGUUUUGUGUUUCACACAUUUUAGAGGGCAACUUCUAACCACCAUCAAGCUCUAACCAGGCGAGACGUUAACAGAGAUGCUCAAAACUUUCAGCAAUUUCAACAGUUGAAACUUAAACAGUAAAAGAAAAUGUUUUGUGAACUUGAUUAUGAGGUAGAAACCAUACAUGAAUAAACAUUAGUGCCAAAUUCAGCAGGAUGUUUAAAACGCAUACUUUUUCCAAUACAGAAGUUGUCAUCAAGUUUGACCAAGUAAUACACAUUCAUAUUUUACAAUGCCAUACCAUUUCAUUUAAAGUUGAAGGUAGUGAUAAACCCACUCACUGUCUUUUAAGAUUUUCUUCUCAGCAUUUAAGUAGUAGUUUAAAUGAUAACUGAGUUCCUUUAAAAAUAAAAAGCCUGCAUGUCGUACAUAAACCGAACGUACACCUUUGCGUCGCUAGUUGAGUGAUUAACAUUCUAGCAUGGUAGGUCUGAUUUGUUGUCUAAUUUGGUACUCCUCUGCUCCAAAUCUGAUGGCGUCUCUCCUAAAUUAACAAUGAUUCCACGAAGCUUGUUACCAAUGGGGCUGUGGUCCAAAUGGUCUACAAGAAGUAGGUUUGUGUUCAUAUGGGACUGAGGUCCAAUACUGUCCAUAGGUUUGAAUUCUAUUACUUAGAAUAUUCCUUUACAUUAGAUGUUCUUUUACUCAUACUGAGGAUGAUAUUUAAAAAAAAAAAAGAAGAAGAGUUAAAAUGUAUCAUUUAUAUAUGAAUUCUAUAAAUAUAUCAAAUAUAUUCAUGUCAGCAGUUCUGAUAUUAGUGAACAACCUUGUAAAAACACAAACUGUGCCCUCUUUUUUUUAUGAUGUCAGAAUUUUUUUUUUUUUCCAAUUCUUCACGUUUAUAUGUUUUCCCUCAUUUACUGACCACCAACCAGCACUCUCAUUGACACAAUGUUCUGGAGGUGAAAACAUUUGGAGUCAGGAUACAGCAAAUCCCCCAUCUUGCUUCAUUUCAUACAUCAACUCUGAAUGCAUGGACCAUGACUCACUUAAUUUAUUUCUGUAGUAGGAGACUCAAUACAAUACCAUGUUAGAUAUCAAUCGGAUUACUCAAUAAGACUCAAUAAGAUAUUUCACAUCCAUAUGUGGCAACAGUAUGGCUCAUCGUAGCAGGACAUUGGUAUUACAAUGUUUCAUUUCAGCAACUGAAUUCUCACUGGUCAAACCCUACACACUCACUGGUACUCACUCACUCACUCAUUGUCUAGAUGGAAGUCACAGUAACUGUACUUGUGAAAAUCCUUUUUUAAUCAAUUUAUUGUCUUUUUUUGUCCAUCAUCUAAAAGACUUGUUGUAAGACAAAAAAAAACAACAAAACAAAACAUUUACAUCAUAGAUUGACCUCUGUCAGUUUGAAAAAAAAAAGUGGAAAAAAUGACCAGCAGUGAGCAUCUUAUGUGUAACAUGAAUCGCUCAAACUGCACAUUAAGAACUGUUGUAGUACUUUCCGUUUCUCAUUCACAUGUAACUCAUACUGUACGAUUUCUGUUCAUAUUUUCUGUUGUCUUUUUGAGAGACCGAUGCCAAUGUGCCAGUAGCUGUUUUUUUAAUAGAUAUUGGCGGAUACAGUACGUGAAAUCUCAAAUUGUUCUUGAGUGUUGCACAGUAUCAGUCUCUUGUGUAAUAAUGUAGUAUUAAUAUUUGCUGCUUUUCAUCACAUUUCUAAAAGGAAAACCCUUCCCUUUUUUUUUUUAUUUGGUCAAAAUGUCUUCAUCUACUUAAGUUGUCUGUAUUUGGUUCAUUAUCAUACUGAGGUCUUUUUCAAUAUUUGGAGUAUAAUUUAAGUAAUUGUCUGUCUUGAAGUAUAUCUCUGUAUCCUCUCAUUGCAAUAAAAAUAUAGAAUGCAGAUUAACUGU